AUGGCGGUUGAAGCACAAUCAAUGGGUCUAGGACCCGACAAUCAGGCCCCCCCCAUGAAGUUCUCCCGCUAUCGAUCUGUCAGACGGGCAGCUUCCCAAAAACAGGAACCUCUGAAAACAGCGAUUCCUGCGGUUCCCGUUCCUCCAGUUCCAUCUAAGCCACCCUCACCGAUUUCUGCCAACCCACAAGAAACUACGGUGGUGAGGAGUGUGUCGCGAUAUCGACGCCAGAGAAACCCUGCACCAUCACCCACCGUGCAGCAUCCAGUACCGGUUCCUAUCCCUUCCUUUCACGCGCCCGGAAAACCCGAUAGACCGUCGUGUAGUCCACCGAAGGAUUUGGAAGGAGUGGAAAGGGCAAACAUAUCUAGUAACGGAGAGGAAGAUGACGUCGCACGUACAAGACACCGACAAGAUGCGAUGAGCCGGUUGGUAGGAGGAGAUAGCAGACCAACAUCAAAACAAACCUUGGAAUCGAGAACCGAUACUUCUAGUUAUCACAGACCUAUCGAUGACAACAACAACAACCGCGCUACUCCAUCAAAUGGCCAGCAAUCUGGUAAAGAGACCAAACUUAGAUCAUUAAAGGACACCAUGAAAUUGUUUCGGUCAAAGGGUGAUGUUGAAAAAGAGGGUGCAUCAGCAAAACCUAUCGAGCCAAGUGGUACUACCUUCCCUGGCGUGGAUGCCCCUGUUUCCGCAGUAAACGCGGGGGAGCGGCAUGUGCUUGUCCAAUACCGAAAGGCAACCAAUUUCCUUCCCAUCACGACUUCGACCACAGCGCAGGAUCUGCUACUGUCGGCCCAAAGCUGCUUCGAUGUUGACGCACAGACUUUUGUUUUGAUCGAGCGUUUCGCUCAGUUCGGUCUGGAGCGACCCUUGCGCAAAUACGAAUAUGUUCGCGAUGUCAUGAAUUCUUGGACCAAGGACACGGACAGCAAAUUGAUCAUAGUGCCUGCAGCAAGCUUGGAUGCUUUACACCAGCUCGAGGCGCAAAGCGCUCCGAUCGAACAACCUGCGGACACAACGUUCCACAUCUAUCAUUCUCAACGUUCUCGGAAAUGGGACAAGCGCUACGUGACGUUGCGAUCAGAUGGCCAAGUGACAGUGUCCAAGAAGUAUCAAGGCCAGGAUCAGACAAAUAUUUGUCACUUGUCGGACUUUGACAUUUAUUCCCCUACGCUGAGUUCACUUUCUAAUGACGUGAAGCCACCGAAGAAGAUUUGCUAUGCGGUCAAGAGUCAACAGAAGGCUAGCAUGUUCUUGUCGACAGAGAACUAUGUUCAGUUUUUCUCUACGAGUGAUAAAGAAGUAGCUGAAGGUUGGUAUAAAGCUAUUCAGGCAUGGCGUAGCUGGUAUCUGGUUAGCGUGUUGGGUACUGGCCAAAACAAAGACGAAGCGUCGCUACCAGAACUCUCCCGACAACAGAGCGACGAAUCCCCAGGAUCAAAGACUCAUCAGCCAAAGCCUCUCAAACCGUUGCUUGAAUUCGAGCCUUUGGAUCAGCAGUGCGACGAUGAACAACCCUCGUCUCCUGAGCGUACGAAGUCUUCAAAGACAAAACAAUUCCUUUCGCGAAGCAGAAGCACCAAACCUUCUCAGGAAAAGCCACUCACAGUUAACACCGAUGUUGGUACAAAUUCGCAGGGAAUUGAACAAUCUCCGUUUUCUCCCACUGGACUCCUGGGCCAUAAUUACAUCAUGCGACAGCGUGCGAUGCAAGAGCGGGAAGAGAUUGAUAGGAAGGCAUACGAAGAAGUAUUUAGUCCCCAGGGCCUUGUUUUUGGAGCCGGAGCCGCUGGACGUCGCCAGUACCCUGCUACUCAAAGCCAACCCAGCAGCCGAUCAAACACAAUGACCAGUACUCAAGGUCCCGAUGCCAGCGGACUCGUUCGACGUUCGCACUCUGUGAGCAAGGGAAACCACAGACCACUCGUCGAUCUGACCCCUGUCUACCAAGAACCGCCGCAGCACGCUCGCAAAGGAAGAGGUGUCGCCGUCGACCCGGGAACACCGCUAGUUGAUGCUGCGACAACACCUGACUUACUCCGCGGUGCUAUUGUUGUCCCAUCCGCCACGACCUGGAAGCGACCACCGAUCCCGGAAGAGCCUACGUCUACCACCAACGUCAAGACCUGUAGUCGUUCCAAUACAGUCCGCAGCACCCGAAAUACUCGCCCACGCGCAUCCUCGACAACUCCUUCCGACGACGCAUUCAUCCCAAACAGCCUUCUCGCCCGCUCUGCAACCCAAAAAGCUGCCAACGGCGGCCAUGGAGUAGCCACAGGUGACCGCAACGCCACGAAACCCAUGCUUGACAUGUCCUCCGGAAACCCAUUUGUGGAGGGAAGCUUGCUUCGGGAUCUGUAG